UUGAAAUAGAAAACAUGUCUGUAGUUCAUAGGAAAAGAAAAAAGCCUAAAGAUGACGCCGAUGAGGGUUCAGUCAUCAAGAAAACCAGAGAAGUCGAAUCCUUCAACCAGUUGAAGUUCAAGUCUAUGCUGAAAAACAUUGACACAACAUUUUUAGCUUUAGAAGAAUUUGCUGAUGCAGCAAAUGGAUUUCCAGAUUUUACAGAAUAUGACAUUGUUAAAGAUUAUAUCCAGAAUUCUCCCGACUGUGCUGAAGUAUUUCAACUACUGGAUGGUAAAACACCCAAGUCAACUGAGAUUGCUAAGAUAUUUCGUGUAUUAGAAUGUAUUUUAAUACGAACAGGGGAUGAUCUGGCCGAGAAAUAUGGUAAAGUUGGAGAAAGUAUCGUUAGUCAUUUGACCAAAACAAAUUUUAAACAGAUCUAUUUGUCGUUGAAUAUCUCAAACAAAUCUAACCAAUUAAAGAACAGCUUGAAGUUACUAGCUGCCAUGGUAAUACAGGGGGACAACUCUGCAGUGUCGGUUUUAUCAUUAUUUGAUGAGAAAAACCAAGGAACUCUUCUGCCUCUUUAUAAAAGAAAAAAUAUUAGUGAUCACCAGGAUGUAAGAACGUGUGUCGUCCAUUUUAUAAUAGCGUUAUUAUUAACGGGUAGUAACAGUAUUAUACGACAACUCUUAAAGAAAACUGCUUUGUUACAUAAUAUAUUUUAUGGAAUAUCGGAAGAUAAAUUUGAACUGAUUGAAGUUGUUCUUCCAAUAUUUCAAGAAAAGGUUGUUGAGAAUGGAGGUAUCAGUAAAUCACUGAAAGUUGCUGUUUUCAACCCUAAUAUACUUAAUCAUUUAACACAGCUAUAUUACUGGUCGGGGCCACAGAAAUGGAAAGAAAAUAAAAAAGAUGAUAUACAGGAUACAGCAUCAGCAGAAGACAAAGUGUUAGUUAUAGAAAUGGUUCAUAAAUUCCUAGUCAAAUUAUGCUGUUCUUUUAAAUAUGGCAUCGCCUACUAUGAUAAAUCUACUGGUACAGGAAAAAUGUAA